AAAAAAGAUACAUUUGUGAUAGUGAAGACCUCCAAGUGUGCUGGCUAUUUAGUUCGUCGACCCACUGGAUUCAGUCUAUAUACUAAUCACAGAAGCUUGCGCUCCAUUUUUUGCGUCCACGACCAUAUCCUUGGCAGUUUGCGGACAAGCUGA